AUGUCGCACCCACGUCGAAGUCGACAUCGCUCGUCGCUAGAGGGCGUCAUCGUCCCUUCGUCACAACCCCUGAAACCGGAAGACCGUGACCUCGCGAUUCGGAUUUUCGCAGAGAUUAUCGUGCACUUUGAACCCUUACAGGUCGCCGACAGUGGCUAUAAACCAGUUACUCUUAUUAAACAUAUGGGGAAUGAGGUUUCAGAGAAAGACGAGUUUUUAAUCCUCUUUUUCUCCUACAUUCGACAGGACCUACUACUCGAAGAACAAAGUGGCAUUGAUCAAAUCUUAUCCCACCUGUCAGAUCAUUCUGGCUGGUCGGCGGAAGAAGAAAAUGUUUUAAGUGGUAGCCUUCUUAGGUUCGCCAAAUACUUAGUGGACAAUUUCUUCUUGCCCCUAAAAGCACUUGCAGUUAAAACACCUCAGCCCACUCCGGCGCUUUCGCAUGUCAGAACGCCCGAAACUGCCAUCGGCACCCCACAACGCGUCUCAAAUCUUCGACGAGAUUGCCUCAACCGUGACCGCCACAGAUGUGUCAUUACCCGGAAAUUUGACGCCCAAGAAGGCCAAAAUCGAUAUAAACGGGAUGGACAAAGUGUUAAAGACGAUGACGGGAAAUCACUACUCCCAGAACGGGAUAUAAUGGCAUAUCUGGAAGUAGCACAUAUCAUACCUCAUUCAUUAAUGUCACUUACCAGUGAGGAGGGCGAAUGGAGGCUGGCGGACACAAAACAAAUAGCGCACAAAAUCCUGAAAAUGUUCGACCCUGGUGCUAUCCACUUAAUCAAUGGUGUUGACAUUGAUCGACCAAUGAAUGCACUAACAAUAACCCAUGACCUUCAUAAAUUAUUCGGGAACUUCGAAAUCGCCUUUCAGCCCGUUGACACCCAACCUCAUACUUACACAAUUAACUACGUAGAGCCAGACCGCAUGGGUCGCGUUGAGAAGCUCCCUGUUACUGUUACAUUUUACCUUACCCCCGACCGAAGCAUAGAUCCUCCUUCUCCUCAACUCCUCCAAAUCCAUAGUGCCAUUGGGCGCAUCCUCCAUCUCAGCGCCGCCGGUGAUUAUAUCAAUGAGUUCCUUCGAGACAUGGAAGAAUUGGAAGGGGGACAAGUGAUCCCGAAUGGGUCCACUCGUCUCGAUGACUAUGUUUGGUUCCGCCUCGGAGAAAUGUCUGUUUAUUAA